AUGUUUCAUGUGGAGGGAGGCUUAUCGAAAUCAUCUUCAGUAUUCCCUUACUUCAUGCUGGUAGCCUUUGAAGCAGGAAGUCCCUUGAGAGCUUUUAUUCUUUUGCUUUUAUACCCUUUUAUUUGUUUGGUUGGUGAAGAAUUGGGGCUCAAGAUUAUGGUUUUUGUAAGCUUUGUUGGAAUCAAGGCAGAUAGUUUUAUAAUUGGAAGAGCUGUCUUGCCUAAGUUCUUUUUAGAGGAUGUUGGCUACGAAGGAUUUGAUAUAGUGAUGAGAUGUGGGAGAAAAAUAGGAGUGAGUGAUUUGCCUAGAGUUAUGGUUGAUGGAUAUUUGAGACAUUUCUUGGGAAUUGAGGUUGUCGUUGGAAGAGAAUUAAAGGUGGUUGGUGGAUGUUUUGUUGGCUUAAUGGAGGAAAAAAAGACAAGUGAGGUUGUUGUCGACAAGAUUCUUAGGGAGGAACAAAAGGAACAUGAAGUUAUUGGCUUUGGCAGCCUCAACAAGUCUUUUGAUCAGCACUUUCUGUCUCACUGCAAGGAAGUUUACUUGGUAAGUGAAGCUGAGAAAAAAACAUGGCAAAUCCUGCCGAGGAACAAAUAUCCAAAGCCAUUGAUCUUCCAUGAUGGAAGAUUGGCUUUCAGGCCAACUCCACUAGCCACAUUAGCUAUGUUCAUAUGGUUUCCAUUUGGAUUCAUUCUCUUCCUAAUUAGAACCAUUCUUGGCUUGCUAUUACCUUACAAGUUAUCUGUCCCCAUUCUAUCCCUAACAGGAAUGAGAGGCAUUACAGUCGUGAAACCAAAAUCCUUUACUUCGGAACUUAACUCUGAAGAAAAGACAAAGGGCACACUCUAUGUUUGCAACCACAGAAGUCUCUUUGAUCCAAUCUUAGCUAGAUCACUUGCUGUCAUGAAACCUCUCACCGCAGUUACAUAUAGUUUAAGCAGGGUUUGCGAACUAAUUUCACCAAUCAAGACCGUCCGAUUAACGAGAAAUAGAGAACAAGAUUUCAACCUGAUGGAAAAAUUGUUGAGCGAAGGUGACCUUGUAAUUUGUCCUGAAGGAACUACUUGUAGGGAGCCCUAUCUACUCAGGUUUAGUCCCAUGUUUGCAGAGCUAACUGAUAGUAUAGUUCCUAUGGCCACUAAUACUCAAGUUAGCAUGUUUUAUCCGACUACGGCAAGUGGUUUUAAAUGCCUGGACCCUUUUUUCCUGCUGAUGAAUCCUAUUGUAAAUAUCACUUUCAGAGUUCUCGAGAAGUUGCCAGAAUCGUUAACAUGUCGGCAUGGAGGGAAAUCAAAGUUUGAGGUUGCAAAUCAUGUGCAGGCACAGAUUGCCAAGGCCCUGGAUUUUGAAUGCACUAGCUUGACAAGGAAAGACAAGUACAUUUUCUUGGCAGGUUGUGCCAGAGGGAUUGUACUUGAAGUAUAA